AUGCAAGACCUUUUAAACGUUUUAAAUAACGCUAAUAAUAAUGAUAAACAAAAUAAUAAUUUACAAACGCACGCUUCUUCGACUGAAACGCAUGAUUUAAGUUUUUAUAAUUUGUCUCCAGAGAUAAUUUCGCUACCCAUUCCGAAACAGUCUGGAAAGUAUAACCUUCAAAAAGCUUUAGGUUUGAAAAACCAAAAACAAAGAUGGUUGGGAUAUUUGGAAACCAUGAGAGACUGUAUUUUGGAAAAAGGGGUGACUUUCGAUGUAAGCUAUAGGGAACAAAAGGCCCAAAUAACAAAUGGAAUUGUUCGUGCUUUUAAAAAAAAGGCACCAGACUUUCCGCCUACAAGAGCUGAUUGGACAAUUAAAGAACUGUUAAUCAAUAAUUUUCAACGUUCUCGUUACUUUAAAAAGAAGCGAGAUAAUAAAAAUGCUAAAGUGGUUGAUGGAAAUAGAAAUUCAAAUGAAGAAAAUAACGAGAAUCAUGAUUCUGAAAUUGAAGAAACUAAUAAUUCUGAAGACAGAGGCGAACAUGAUUCUAUUAGUGAACCAGUUCAGGAUUCAACUAGAAGAUCAGAAAAAGCUAAACAAACUACCGCUGUACAAAAAAAAGUAGUUAAACAAAAAAGGACGAAUAAAAGAUCUUAA